AUGUCCCUCCCUGCCUACCCUGCCCACCACCAGAGACCCCACCCUGGCAGAUUCUGUGUGGCGCCCGGCCUUAAUUCUGAGCAGGUCUCCCCAGUCCCCCUGGGGAAAGGGCAGGCCAUCUCGCAGGAGCUCACCCCAAAGCUGCCACCUCAGAGGAAGCCAGUGGUGUCUGCUCCCAACGCCUGCAGCUCAGCCAGUGUACUGAGCAAAGUGACUCUCUGGCCCCCAGGAGCAGGUGGCCACCCCUUUGCAGCCCACAACAUGCAGGUGUGCCCAGACUCCUGCACAGAGGACAUCACGUUGAGGGGCCUUGGAGAGAGUGGGGAAGGGAUGCCUGAGCAGGAGGAGGACCCCACAGUCACAGAGAAUCUGGAUGACCAGAGAAGGGUCCCAGAGGGCACUGGGGGUGCACAGCCUGCAUUUAGGCCCUUGGGGCUCAAUGGAGGCCUCACUUCCUCCAUACCCAGGCCUGGGCCUCUGCUGAGAAACCUCCAUGCUGAGAGGUCAGACGUCAAAGCCAACAACAAAUCCCACACCUCCUGUGUGAGCUCCUGCCCCAUGCGAAAUGCCAUCGCAAGCUCACACGGCCCCCCUCGAGGUUUCCCGCCACUGCAGAGCUGCAGAAGAAGAGGGCCAGCCACAGCCCACUCCCGGCUGCUCCUCAGGUCCUCACAGAAAGUGAGCAAGGGGGGUCCUGGGUCUCCCUCUUCGGCUUCACAGGAAGACCUGGAGUGCAAGUGUCCUCUGAGGCUGUCACCACCCCCCACAGCUGAAGACCUGGACCCCGAGAAGGAACAGGGACUGCUCCUCUGCCAGCUGCCCUCGGUGCCCAGCAGAAAUGCACAGCCGGAGAGACACAGGUCACAGUACCCCCUGGGCCGCAUGGCCCUCCUGGAGUCUGUUGCAGGGGCCCCCUCUACGCCCCCUGG